GGGGGCGGGGCCACAAGGAGGGAGAGAGAGAGAGGAAAAAAACACAGCGAAAGAGACGGAGGAAAGAGGCGAAGUGCCGGAGCUUAGUCGCCUGUAAAUCCGUCUUGAUCCUCCGCACCGAGCGUCCGUCCCGACACCGGCAUCGCCUAGAAUUUCCCCUAUUGACUCCACAGAACAGCAGAAAGCAGAUCGGGAAAGGCGCAGAGAAAAAUUUCCCUACUAGAUGACAUUUCAUCGCAAUGUCCGAUCGUUUGGGGCAGAUAACCAAGGGAAAGGAUGGGAAAAGCAAGUAUUCAUCUCUCAACCUAUUUGACAAGUAUAAAGGGAAGUCAAUAGAAGCAGUCCGAACCACAGUUAUACCUAGACAUGGCUUACAAAGUCUUGGGAAAGUUGCCGCAGCCCGGCGCAUGCCCCCUCCUGCAAACUUGCCAAGCUUGAAAUCUGAAAACAAAGGAAACGACCCCAACGUUUUUAUAGUGCCCAAGGACGGAACGGGAUGGGCAAACAAACAAGAACAGCAAGACCAAAAGAGUUCCAGUGCGACAGCUCCUCCGCAGCAGGAGUCGCUGCCUCAGCCGGGUUUGCAGAAAUCUGUCUCCAAUUUACAGAAACCGACCCCAUCGAUCAGUCAGGAGAGCAUAAAUUUAGUGCCAGGUGGACCAAAAUCAUGGGCGCAGCUGAAUGGAAAGCCAGCAGGACAAGAAGGUGGUUCAAGGGGCUCAAACCGACUGUUGUCCUUCUCUCCCGAGGAAUUUCCAACGCUGAAAGCAGCUGGCGAGCAAGACAAGGCUGGCAAAGAAAAGAGCGUCUUAGAUCCGUCGUAUGGGCCCGGACCAAGCCUCCGCCCCCAGAGUAAGCCCCUCGCCCUGCUUCCCGAUGUCACCAGUUGGAGAGACGGCGGUGGGAGAAGCAUUGCUUCCAGCUUAUCUCCGACCGCCUCUCCUACUGAGCCGGGCAGCAAAACGGCAAUACCGGGAGAAGGGCCCCCCUCUACAUCGCUUGCUAAUGAUACUAAAGAACUCUCGCUGCGCCCAGCUCAGCCCACGCGAAAAGGGCCUACUCCGUUCAUGGGAAACACCUACCACCCACCCACUUACCAUGACAUGCUACCAGCCUUUAUGUGCUCUCAGCACCCACCAGAGGCUUCUGGGACAUUGGAUCGUGUUUCCUUUCCCACUCUUAAUUCUAAAUCUCGCCUUGAGCCUCGUGUCCCUUUUCGGCAAUUCCAGAUGAAUGAUAAUGAAGGACGGGAGAGCAGGUUUCCUGUUGCACCCCCUCGUUCGGUACGACCCCCCCGCCCUCAAAUUGAACGGGCCCCAAGAGCCACCAUCAUCAAUGCAGAAGACCUAAAGGAGCUGGAUGACCUUGAUAAUGAUGCAGAGGACGGCUGGGCUGGUCUCCAUGAUGAGGUUGAUUAUUCUGAGAAGCUGAAGUUCAGUGAAGAUGAAGAGGAGGAGGAGAAGACAGCCGCAAAAGAGGGCAGGAGUAAAUGGAAUGGUUGGGAUGGCAAAAGGCAGCGGCAGGUUUCCUUUAACUCUACUGAUAGUGCUGAGGGAAAGCACCCUGCAGAUGACGGAAAGGUCUGGAACGAUCCAUUAUCCCAUUCACGUCCUGCCAGAAGAACCCCGGAACCUGUGCCUCAAGGGCCGCGGAAACCCAACACUUGGGCUGCUGUGGCUGAUCACCAGAAACCUGCCCCUACUGCAAUUUUGAGACAGCCAUCCAUAGAAGAGAAAGAAGAAAAGCUGCCCCAGAGGAAAAAUUUUGUCCAGUCCGAGAUCUCGGAGGCAGUAGAGCGUGCCCGCAAGAGGCGGGAGGAGGAGGAGAGGCGAAAUCGUGAGGAACGGCUGGCGGCUUGUGCUGCCAAACUCAAACAGCUUGAUCAGAAGAACAAACAGGCCCUGAAACCAUCAGUAGAUUCUUCACUCCAGCUGGACAAUAAGGAAAACGAAGACCCCCGGUCUCCUGUGUCAGACAGAAGCAACCCCCAGGAGAACAUGCCUACUUUUAGAAGAGAGUUCUCCCAGGAAUCCCCUUCUGAAUAUCAAGAAGAGGAGCCUUCUGGAGCCCUAAGGGCUGAAACCAGCAGUGAAGAAGAAUAUGCAGAACCUACGUCCCCAGCGCAAGAUUUCAGUAAACACCAAAAACUGAUCCCACCCCGAUUUCAGCGACAGCAGCAGCAGGAGCAGUUGUACAAGAUGCAGCAGUGGCAGCAGCAGCAACAGCAAGCCUACGUGGCCUCCACUCAUUCCAACCCUCCUCGGACCUUCUAUUCCCCUCACCCGCAGAUGUUGGGCUUUGAUCCCCGCUGGAUGAUGAUGCCUUCUUACAUGGACCCCCGAAUGACGCAAGGCCGUGCCCCUGUGGACUUCUACCCUUCAUCCAUCCACCCUCCAGGUGUAAUGAAGCAUAUGAUCCAGCAGGAUUCUAUGAGCGGCUCUGGAAGCUGCCAUUCAGAUGAACAGAACUGCCAGUCUGAGAGGAGACCUCAGUCAGUGGAACCGAUUUCUGGAUGGGGCCAGGAGAGCUAUGUGCAGUUACACAGUAAGGCCUCCUCCCUUCCUCAGCAGAAACUAACUGACCGUGCCACAGUGGGGAGCUACAGCAGGAAUGAAAACUCUUAUUCGUCUGCAAGAGAAAAAUCAGAAUGCUCACCUACCCACCAAGAGCCUUCAGAGAGAGAAGAGGAGUAUUUAUCUGUCUCUUAUGAAAAUAAAUCCACUGGAAGCUUUAGCAGUUGCAUUUCACCUCAAAGGAGAGGUCAAGAUGCCCUGUACCAGCAUUGUGAAACAGCAAUAGAGUCUGGUGUUAACAGGGGACGUCAGAUGGCACCCAGGGAUUCUGCUUCAAGAGGACCUGAGUUUUUAAAGACUGAUAAAAAGCCCCAGUUUAAUGGCUGGGGGUAUGCACACCAUCAUCAAUAUUCUGAAACAGCCAGCCAAGCAGAAGAAGAUCUUCCAAAAGAUGACCCAUUGGUGGAAUCUGAGCACUGGAAGAAGGAGGAUGGUGGGAGCCAGGAUAGUACAGGAGAAUUGUGCUGGAGAGGCGAAUCUGCAAAUUCCAGUAAUCCACAGCAGCAAUCUGAGCAUCUAGGAAGAGGCCGUAGAUCUGGACCUAUCAAGAAGCCUGUCUUGAAAGCUCUCAAGGUAGAGGAUAAAGAGCCGGAUAAAGCCAAGGCAGAAAUUAAAGAGCCGGUAAAAACUUUAAUAGAAAAAAUUCUUCCAAAAACAGAGACUGUUGUUAAGACUGAACCUGCUGUUACAAGCCCUCCUCCCAGCACAAUAGAAGAUAAAAGUCAUUCUCCACCUAGUCCUGUUCAAGAGACUGACAAAUUCUCUCAAGAAAUAGCCGAAAGUAGCUGGGAGACCAAGCCUUUACGUGAAUCUAGUAACGCUUCCCUGCCUAAGAGAAGUAACUGGAUAUUUAUUGAUGAAGAACAAGCGUUUGGUGGAAGAGGUCAAGGUCGUGGCAGAGGUAGAGGGUUUAAAGACCUUAGUUUCCGCAGCAGAGGGGUCUCUGGAACCUACAGUGGGCAGAAGGUCAGCCGAGGUCGGGGCCUUCGAGAGUAUAAUCCCCCUGAAGAUCUUAGGGGAAAGGCUUCCCGGAGGAGGGUUGCAAGCGAAACACACAGCGAAGGGUCAGAAUAUGAAGAGCUUCCGAAACGCAGGAGGCAGAGGGGGAUGGAAAAUGGGAACGAACCCACCGUACCAGAAAGGGAAACUGAAGAUGUGCAAAAGGGGGACUUUCAGGAUUCAUGGAGAUCUAAUCGGAAUUAUGCAGAUGAUCAGAGUAACGCUGACUCAAAAUCAAGAGCUCCAAGAGCAUUUGGAAGAUCUCUCCCUCCAAGGCUGAGCAACAGCUAUGGGAGGAGGCCAUUAGCCACCAAGGAGUCCUCCCACUGGCAAGCUAAGACUGGGGGAUCAUCUUGGCAAGAGCAUGGUGCACCCUCUGAGUCAUAUGGGAACCGCCAUCAUGCAGACAGAGACUAUGCUCAUGAUUAUAGAUAUGCAGACUCGUUUCCUAGUAGAGGUUUUGAGGAAGGCCACGGAGAUGAGAGGAGGUCUUUAUUCCAAGAGGAAUAUUCAGAUCGGGAUAGUUUGGAAAAGAGAUCUUUUAGCAGACGGCGCCCCCCACGCCAAGACAAACCUCCAAGGUUUAGACGCCUUAGACAGGAAAGAGACCCUCUUGGUCAGUGGAGUGGUGAAGAGACAGUUGGAGCUGGGAACAGCAGUGAACACUGGCAGGCUCGUCCAACAGGGCCCCUAAAUGACAAAUCCGGCCCAAUUCUUAGGAGGUCUCCAGAAAUGUCCCACCAUAACGCCGAUCACGUGACCGAAGACUGGGAAACUGCUUCAGAAAGCAGCGACUUUAGUGAGAAGAGGCCGGGGGAUAUGGAUGGAGAUGGGAGCCAAAGCGGCAGGGGGCUGUCUGAAAAAAGAGAGCUGUCCAAGAGAAGUUUCUCCAGCCAGAGACCUCUAGUGGAGCGUCAGAGUCGCAAAAUGGAGCCAUCCGGUUAUGAUGAAAUGCCUGCAAGAGUAGGUGGGAGUUCCUCCCGCAAUGAUUUGCAGAAGAAUUCCGGUCCAUUGAAGAGCAGCCGUUGUUCUGAAGAUUCUUAUGGCGCAGAGAGCCAUCAUCGUUACGCCAUGGACAGGUCUAUGCACUGUGAUGGUGGAGAGACAGGGAAGAAACAGGAAAGGGAUUCAAGGAUGCCUGGUCUCAAAUCAAGUGAUAAAAAUGAGGCGAUCACACAGUUCGACCUGAAAUAUGGAGACUCCAUGCUUGAGGAAGAGUCAGAGGUUGGAGACAUUGGUAACAAGCCUCAUCGUGUGAUGGAAAAUGAUUGUCGAAAAAAGGACCAGGUGAUUCAGGUGCCUUCAAAGGGCAGCAGUAUCCAGUCUAGGAUUCCCCCUCGUUUUGCCAAAAAACAGAAUGGCAUGUGCCUGGAUCAAGCCAAUGUUACGGCCAAAGAAAUCUGGGAGAGCAGCGGCCAAGGAAUCUCUGUUCCGCCUGGCACCGAUACCUGGAGUAAACCCGUGAGCUCAUUUAGCACAGAGUCCAGCUCUACAGAGGGCUUUAAAGGCAGUCAAGGAGACAGCGGCGUUGACCUGAGUGCAGAGUCUCGGGAGUCGUCUGCUACAUCCUCACAACGCAGCUCUCCAUAUGGAACCAUGAAACCUGAGGAAAUGAGCAGAACCAGCGUGGCAGAGCCAAAACCAGAUUGCCCUAAAGAACAAGGGCAGAAACAGUCAGAGAAAAAGGAUUCAGACCCUGGCUCGGGGCUAAAUAAAGAACAUAAACCCGGACCCAUUGGCAACGAACGCUCGCUGAAAAACCGAAAAGGCUCAGAGGGCACUGAACGGUUGGAAGGUGGCAUCCCCUCAGUCAAUGGGGUAGAGAUCCAUGUGGAUUCGGUCCUCCCUGUUCCACCCAUUGAAUUUGGAGUAAGCGCAAAAGAUGCAGACUACGCCCUGCCUCCUGGUACUGCGACUGUUCAAGCAGCCAAUACCGUUACAAAGUUGCAGGAUGCUUUGGCCAGUAAGGCAGGUCUAACACAGUCCAUACCUAUCCUAAGAAGAGACCACCACAUGCAGCAGGGCAUGAGCCUAAACCCUAUGUCCUACCCCACUGCAGAUCUCACCCUUAAGAUGGAGUCUGCCCGUAAAGCCUGGGAAAACUCGCCCAGUUUGCCAGAGCAGAAUUCACCAGCAGGCCAUGGCUCAGGAAUUCAGCCACCGUCAAGUGUGGGAGCCUCCACCGGGGUCAGCUACAGCUCAUUUGGAGGUGUGUCCAUGCCACCCAUGCCCGUUGCUUCAGUUGCACCAUCUGCCUCCAUGCCAGGAAACCACAUCCCACCCCUGUACCUUGAUGGGCAUGUCUUUACUAACCAGCCUCGCCUAGUGCAGCAGACUAUACCUCAACAGCAAGGGUAUCAGCAGGCUGCAGCCGCCCAGCAGAUUCCCAUUUCCCUUCACACCUCCCUGCAGGCUCAAGCUCAGCUGGGUUUGCGAGGAGGCCUCCCCGUGUCCCAGUCGCAAGAAAUUUACAGCUCAAUGCAGCCGUUCAGGUCCCAGGUGUACAUGCAUCCAAGUCUUUCUCAGCCCAGUGCCAUGGUACUGACCAGCGGUACAGGCCUCAAGCCUCCAUAUAACCCUUUCCCUGGCAUGCAAACACUGGAAAUGGUCAAAACCCAGACCACGUCCCCUUAUCAGCCCCUGAAUGGAAGCCAGCAGCUGAUGUAUGAAAGCCAACUUAACCAGGCCUCCCAGAUGAUGGACUCACAGCUCACACAGUUAACCAUGCCAAUGCCAGGCUCUCAACUUCAGAUGCCCCGAUACAGUUCAGGACAGCAAACCAUGAUCUUGCCACAGUCCAUUCAGCUUCCUCAAGGACAAAACCUGCCCAUAGGGGCUCCUCGGAGAAUGCAGCCUUCCAUGCUGACCAGCAGAGAGUCCUCCCAGAUGGAGAUGAAAAGCUUCCAUUUUACAGAUGGCAAACAGAAUAUGCAGACGGCCAUGCAAGCACAGCACUCUUAUCGGUAAAACACACACCUGACGACAACAAAGUCGGCCCGAGGUCUCCCAAACUUUCCGAGCAGCCCCAUAGCGAGUGCAAUGAAGCCGGCGAGGACUGGGGCCAUCAAGCCUAGAGUGGUGAAAGUGGAAGAGAGCGAGACUUGAGAGGAGCUCCAUUGUGUAUAUAGAUAAGCUCUUUCCAUCUCCACCUCCACCAUCACAUUUCUUCUCAUCUUGCUGUGCCCUUAGGAUUCUUCCUCCACUGCUUUUGGAGUCACAUGGAUAAACCAAACUUUAGCCCAAAGACUACCUGUUGUCAUGACUUAAACAGACUUCUGUGUAUCAUGAGAAGCAGCAUCUUUUUCCCUUUAUUGCCCUUUCUAACCCAGCGUACCCCCCUUACAUUCUGUGGCCAUGAACUGUGUCUUCUGCCCCAUGAUUCUCUUUAAAUUCACAUAAAGCCACACGGUAUCUUGGUUACGUUUUCUCAUUGGUGAUUCCCUCUAGCUGCCCUUAUUAGGCUGGGAGCUCUUCGUUUUUAAAUGUUUUAGCCGACCCCACCUUCCUGAACCCUGUUUUUCUAUUGAUCUGCCUUGUUUCUGUUGGUCGGCCACUUAAGAGGACUGGUUUGAGGCCUUUGUUGUUGAACGAACUCAGCAGCCGAUCCAUGUUGGCGUUUUGAAGACUUCAUGAACUCAACCGUAGUGUAUAAUAUCUCUUCCUCUUCUGGAUUGUUGGGUUACUUUUCCAUGAUGGUGCCACUGAGAAACCCAAUCCCCCCAACAGCAAUUGUGCAUAAGUCAAGACUGGAGUGAAGCCAAAAAAUGAACUUGAUAAUAACGAUUUUACUUUCCCGCAUGAGCACGGCCUAUUCUGUAAGGCACAUUGACAUCUGUAGGCAACACUGAUUUAUGGAGCGGUCCAAUUGUGUCUUUUUAUAAGGUAGACAAUCCCAUGUGUCUAGUGCCAGCACUCGCCCAUUAAGAUCACUUACUGUAUGAUUGUGACCUGUACACAAGCUGACCUGGCUGCAGAGGGAUCCGUUCACUAACCAAUCAAAAGUGUCGAUAUAGGCAGUAGCAAUUACAUCUGUAGUGGUUAUGACUAACCUUAGAUUAUGUACCCGGCUGUGGCUUGGGGCUUCUGAUCAGUGACAAUCUAAAGGUGGUAUGGGGGGUGGGUUUGUACCAUAAGAUAGGUCGGAAGCUCACACUGUAUAGAGAGACCAUGAUAUAUAUAUAAAUAUAUUAAUAUUAGAGGUCCCCACAUUUAUUUCGUAACCAAAUAAGAUUCUACUUUAUUACUUAUCAUAUCAGUAGUCGCAGGUGGAUGGACAAAUGUUGUCCCCUUUAAACCCAGGCUGAUGGGGGGGGGGACGUAGCUCAAUCAUAGCAUUAGGGACACACUUUUCCAACAACCCUUAUCACUGUCCUCAAUUGUCACCACCAUUGUGACGUCAUUUUUACCAACUGUGACAUCAUUUCAACCAGAGUUCGGUCAAGAAUUCUACCCAGAGUUUGUUUUUUUUAAGGGGGGGCAUGACUUUAAAUUUAUUAUAAUGUCCCAUUGCCACAGUCCGACUGUAUCUCAGACUCGCACAACCCAAAUUGGUAACGUUUACCCCUCUCCUCCUUUGGUAUGUCCCCCAGAACACUAGAACUUAUGUAUAUGUAUUUGAUGUUUGUAGAUCUAGGUAUAACACAAGGGCAAAAUAAUAAAGUGGAGGUUUAACAUCUUUUCUUUCUUUUCUAUACAUGGAAUAUAUUCUGCAAGCGAGGAACACCACCCACAAUGCUUUGCUUUUUUUGCCCUGAAUGGAAGACCCUGCAAGGUGCAAUAUCAUUUUGUACCCCACCCGUCCCCAAGAUCAGGCGCUUGUAAGAUCCUUUAGUUUCUACUGUUAAUAUUUCAGAUUACUGUCAUGUGAUUGUGUACGGAUGAAGCAGUAUUGAUGUUUGUCACCGCUAGAAUGGGGAUUUAUUACCCAAUGAGACUCUGUCUGAACCUCCAUCCCUUACAUUUACCCCCUGCACCCGGUCCAAGAGGAGAGCGCAGUGGUAAUACUGGCAUCUGAUUGGCCGCAUCCCUCCCCAACGUAACAAUGUUAGUCUGGCUGUGUAUAUAUGCAAUGUACAAGUGUAUAUGUGUUAAGUCUUAAUCAUCAGAGCUGUUAACUAGUUAUGUAUUUGUAUUUAUUUUUAUCUUCUUAAAGCGAGAUUGCCCUGCACCUAUCUGAUUGCACCUUGUGACUUUCUAGACAUUCGCUGGGAUUAUUGCCAGUCCUAAUUAAUUUUAGUGCUGCCCAAUACGACCAGUCAGGGGGCUUUAUACAGCAUUAAGGUUCAGCAGUCGCCCCCUAGUGCCAUAGGCUGCACAUUACAAGAGACUGGGCACAAACUGAUAUUGCACCUUAAAGGAUUCCAUCACCGGUGGACUCUGCUUCUUAUCUCAAUUGUGUAAACAAGAUUUUUUUUUCGAUGUGUGAGGAGAUAGAUAUCAAGCCUUUUAUUUUUUUUU